CCUUCUCAUUUAUCAGAUGAGUCGAGGGGUUUAAAGCGAAAAUAAUGAGACUUUUAUCUGCUACACAAUGUCCGCUCUUGUUGUCAUAAAAGACUUCGGCGAUUAGAUAACAGAACUUAAUUACUAAAGUGUUGUUACGAAAGUCGAAUGGCCACAACGAAUUUACAUUUUACAUACGCAAAAUGGUUCCAAACAAAUUACUUAGAUUGCGCGUAUUUAAUGUGUGCAAAAAACCAUCCAGGGGAUAUAGAAAUAAGCCUGAUUUCACCAAGAACACUUAUCAAGUAGAGAGAGGAUUUUAUAAUUAUUUGCAAGAACCGCAUCUUCAUUAUUUCCAGAAAAUUUUAGGUGACGAUGAGCGAGUACUGACUAAUCUCAGCGACCUCGAAAAGUAUAAUGUUGAUUGGUACCAACAAGUACGAGGAUCAAGUGCUGUUGUUUUGAAACCGAAAACGACUGAAGAAGUGACGAAAAUUGUCGAAUAUUGCAAUGCUAACAAGCUGGCAUUAUGCACGCAAGGAGGAAAUACAGGGUGUUCAGCGGGCGCAGUUCCCGUUUUUGAUGAGAUUAUUUUAUCCACCGAGCUGAUGAAUGAAAUCAUCGAAAUUGAUGAAAACGCAGGUACGAUACUGUGCCAAUCAGGCGUAAUAUUAGAAGCCCUAGACCGUGCCGUAUCCGAAAAAGGGUUGAUGGUACCGCUUGAUUUAGGAUCAAAGGGAUCAUGUAAUAUUGGGGGAAAUGUUUCAACCAAUGCUGGAGGCUUGCGUUUACUCAGAUACGGCAAUAUGCAUGGAAACAUUCUGGGCCUUGAAGUCGUGAAAGCAAACGGCGAAGUUCUGGAUUGCUUGAAAUUAAUGAGAAAAGACAACAGUGGAUUGCACAUCAAAAAUAUUUUUGUAGGCUCUGAAGGGACAUUGGGAAUCAUUACCAAAGUGGCCUUGCAAUGCGUGCCCAGGCCCAAGAGCCAGCAAGUCGCUUUUUUAGGUCUGCAAUCAUACGAGAAAGUGUUGAGUACAAUGAGAAAAGCCAGACAAGAACUGGGAGAAAUCCUUUCAGCGAUCGAGGUGAUGGAUGCAAUUUCCCUGGAAUGGGGCCAACAGCAUAAUAAAUUAACUCUGCCCAUCGACAAAUACCCGUUUUAUUUGCUAUUAGAAACAUCCGGCAGUAAUGAAGAACACGACAACAAUAAAUUAAAUUCAUUUUUGGAAUCAGCUUUAGUCCAAAACCACGUUUUGAAUGGUGUAGUCACAGGGGAACCAUCCAAAGUACAAGCAAUUUGGGCAAUAAGAGAAAGACUCCCAGAGGGAUUUAAAAACCAUGGAUGGCUAGGAUUGUACGAUUUAUCAAUCCCAGUUACACAAUUUUACAACUUGGUAGACGAAACAAGGGCAUACCUCAAAAAUCAAGUGGAAUAUGUGUUUGGCUUUGGGCAUUUAGGUGACGGAAACAUCCACCUGAAUGUGCUAGGAAAGAAAUACAACAAACGCCUUGCACAAGACCUGGAAACAUUCCUAAUGAAAAGGGUAUUGGAGUUGAAAGGAAGCAUGAGCGCUGAACACGGUUUAGGAUUCCUUAAGAGAAAAUAUCUGCCAAUGGUAAAUUCACCGGGUUCCUACCAACUUAUGAAGGAAUUAAAGAGAAUACUCGACCCUAAUCAUAUAUUAAAUCCAUACAAAGUAUUUCCAUAAGCCCUCACUUUUAUGUUAACAACUGCGAAUAAAACAUUUACACAGA